UCGUCGUUGAUGAUACAAAUGGGAAGGGCUACUGUUUGAAUGUGAUACUUAUAUUUUUUUCAUCAAGUCAGGUAGUACUAACAUUAAUAGUCUUAAAAAUAACAUUACUGCAAAUUUGAACAGACCGAGAUGCUUAAAAGCGCUGAACUCGUGAAAACGAUGAUCUGUUUAUCACGACCAGGCACUGUCGCAGGCCCGUUUGCAAAGGUUUUGGUGUUGUAUACUGGUGGCACCAUAGGCAUGGCUACGCGCGAUGGAGUGUUUGUUCCAAUGAAGAAUAUUUUGAUUCCAAGGCUCAAAACAAUACCAAUAUUUUAUGAUGAGAAGUUUGCCAAUGAAUAUUUCACCGAAGAGCAGAAACAUAACCACCUUAUUGUUCAGGAAUCUCCAGACGACGGAUUGUCAACUGAUGUCCACAGAGUGGUGUAUGUGGUCGAGGAGUUUGAUCCGCUGCUGGACUCGUCUAACAUGGAUAUCACAGACUGGAGUAUGAUAGCGAACAAAAUAUAUAGCAGUUACGACCAGUAUGAUGGUUUUGUUGUACUGCACGGAACGGACACGAUGGCUUAUACAGCAUCUGCAUUGUCAUUCAUGUGUGAAAAUCUUGGCAAACCCGUCAUCUUUACGGGCUCACAGAUUCCAAUUUUUGAGGCACGGAGUGAUGGCCGAGAUAACUUUAUAUCUUCACUUAUUGUAGCAGGAAAUCAUUGCAUUCCAGAGGUGUUGAUUUGCUUUGACCGAAAAAUAUUUCGAGGAAAUCGUUGCAUCAAGAAAGAUUCAUCCAGAUUGUCUGCAUUUGAUUCUCCAAAUAUGCAGCCACUAGUCACCUUAGCAAUUAAUAUAAUGGUUGACUGGCCAAGUGUUUUCCGUUCUUGGGAAGCUAGCAAGUUCCAGGUGCACACUACUAUGUGUCCUAAUGUGGCCUUGUUAAGAAUAUUUCCUGGAAUUACAACACAGACAGUCCGUGCAUUUUUCCGGCCUCCAAUUGAGGGAAUUGUCCUGCAGACAUUUGGAGCAGGAAAUGCCCCAAAUCGAAAAGAUUUGUUAGAAGUGUUCAAGGAAGCAUCUGACUGGGGAGUGAUCAUAGUGAACAUAACCCAGUGUACCAGGGGGGCUGUGGCCACAUCGUAUGCUACUGGGAAGGCACUGAAUGAUGCUGGAAUCAUUUCAGGAAGUGACAUGACACCAGAGGCAGCUCUGGCUAAACUCAAAUAUGUCCUCAGUAAAGAUGAGUGGACCUUGGAGAAAAAAAGGGAGUACAUGGGCCACAACUUGCGAGGAGAAAUGACGACAAACGUAGAAGGAAAACUGUCCAUUCUCGAUUUUGAGCUCAUCGAAAGUGUUGCUAAAACUCUGUGUCUGAGCAGUCGUGAUGAAAUUGCAAAGCUUCGUGAAUCCCUGUAUCCGAAUUUGAUAUUAUCUGCAUCAAGGAAAGGUGAUAUCAAGACACUGGAGAAACUCCGACAAACGGGAGGAAACAUCUCGGCCACCAAUCAGGAUGGCCGUACAGCGUUGCACGUGGCCUGUAGAAACAGUAAGCUCGAAACAGUCGGCUAUCUCCUGCAUCACGGGGCAUCAGUCCAUGUCAAAGAUUACCAUGGUGACAACCCUCUCAUCGAUGCCAUAGACAUGAAGAAUGAGGUGGUAAUAAAGAUGCUGGUCCAGGCUGGGGCCGUCAUCCCUUGGCCACCAAUCAAAGUGGCGAUGGAACUUUGCAGUAUUGUGCUUGGUCAAGAUCUUAAUGCUAUUAAAUGCUGGAAGUUGGCAGGUGUGGAUUUCAAUUCCAUCGACUACAAUGGCAGGACGGCACUGCAUGUGGCUGUAUGUCGGCGCGAGUUUGAGAUAACCAAAUAUUUGAUUGAAAAUGGGGCAGAGUACACUAUUGAAGAUAUAUUUGGCAACACAGCCCUGUCACAUGCUAAGAAGCUAGAGCAUUGUGAAAUACUGGAUGUGUUACAAAAUUCCAUGGAUUCUGAAUGUCUAUGAAACUUGAUGCCUGGAUCACUGUGUCGGAUAUACUGCAAAUCUGAAAAUGUUAACGAGUAUAAAAUGUUUGCAAAUUUAAUGAGGCCAUACAAGACGCUAAUAUUUCAUGACGCUAAAUUUAGAGAGACAUAUAACAGACUGUUCCGAAAAACAUUUGUGCAAUUGUUUUGUUUGUGAUUAACUGAAGGCUCAACAAUGGCUAUAUGCUAUUGAUUCAACCAAAAGGCUAGCAAACAAAAAUAGUUAGUUAGCAUACACAUUACUGCAAUUUUCUACUAAAUUCAGUAUGUCUGUAAGCUGCAUAAUGUUAAGAUUCGUCAAAAACAUGAUUUCAACUGAUCCUACAACUUAAGCUUAUAUGUUUUUUAGUUUUAGAUAUGAUGUCGCUAACAUGUCAUUUAUUUGGAUUUUGCCAAAUUUUAAGAUUGCUAAUAUUUUAUGAUGUACAGUAAUCUGCAGAGAUGCACGUAUCCUGUGUAUAAAGUGCGAAUGGAAGUCUUCUAGAGAGGGACGGUUUGUCUCACUUUACGCUGUCAGUCAGAUGUAGACUUCACACAUAGCACUCUUUUUAAAGGCGCAGACCCUAGUUUAACCCGUAAAAAAUUUACACUAAGUUUAGUUAAUUUACAAACCUGUAACUCAUUUGGAUAAAGUUACAAUAGAGUAAAAGAAGAGUCUGUGACGUUAA